AACGUGAUGGCCACUCUUGUAGGCAUGCUGAGUGGCUGGAUGAACGAGCUAGAGCUGGAAGUGAGCGACUCCUGCUUGUAUGAGAAGCUGAUCAGAUGUGCCCUUGGAGUGGACAGUAGUGACCUGAGGGUUAGUCCUACCAUCCUGGGGGAAAGACAUGACCCGCUCAGCCUGGGCCAGGUGUCCAACAUACACCCUUCCAACCUCUCCCUGGGCCACAUGACCAGAGCGGUGUGCCGUGGUGUUCUGGACAAUAUCACCUCCAUGAUGCACCCGGUCUUCCUGCUGGAGGCCGGAGUGCAAAGGAUCAAGGGCAGUGGGAGUGCCUUAUCCCGUAACGCAGUACUCAGACAGGAAGCAGAAAGGGCGUUUCCUCUGCCUGUGGAAUACGGACAGGAUGUGGACUCAGCUGUGGGUGUGGCGAUAGUCUUACAUGACAGAAUGUGAAUUAUGAUACACACAGAGGGACUAUUUGUUUACUUGCAUAUUUGAAUACUUGAAUUGUAUUUUUUCUGAAUUACUAACAGAGACUAUUACAAUAAACAUCAUGCUUAUUUUACA